UCUUGCUCUGUCUGUAAUUAACUUGGAGCCAGCAAACUCAUCUCAGCAUGACUUAUCUUUCUCUUGCUCUGCUCCUUCUCCUCUGUGUUUCUGUGCAUGCAUGCACCGCCCGUUCUUUUUCUCUCAGUCUUACUAUAAAAGACACCACACAUAAGGAAUUAGACAAGUUCAAAUUAUUGGAGACAUUAACUGCAACUUCAUCUAUUGUGAAGAAUUACAAGCUAGAGGCGAAUCAACCGCAGCAACAGAAAGUCGUAAAUAAUGAAAUAAACACUUGUGAGAGUUGUAGCAGUGUAUCAUCCACUUUGAAGGAAACGAUAGUAGAGGCAGCUUCAGUAAAAAUAAUACCAAGUGACAGUGGUGAGCAUGCAGCUGGGACAUCUUUUCAAAUGGAUUCUCCAUCCUUUCUUGCAAGCCAGGAUGAGAGGAGGCAUGCCCGGUCAAUGCUGGGACCUGCUCAGCACAACGAUGAAGAAACAGUGGUUACAAACGCCAGUGACACUGAAGAGGACAUAGUCGAGAUGGAUUAUGCUCAACCACAUCGGAAGCCACCCAUUCACAACGAAAAGCCUUAAUUGACUCCAUGCAUGCUUAAUUUACGAUCUUUAUUUUUCUAAAAAUGCUUCAUGCUAUGUAGAUUUGGCCUUUCGAAUGAUGUUGAGUUAUUUACUUUCAAAACUACUAUAUAGUACAAGUGCACGAAAGUAUGAUUAUGAUGUUUGCUAUUUUAUAAACAACAACAUAUAU